ACUAAGAAGAUAGUGAAAGCCACAUGGGGGAGUUGUACAGAAAGCCACAAAUGCUGUUUAAGAAAACCUUCAGGAAGACCAAGAACCUUUUCCUCAAAACUCUACAUAACCUCAAUUCAUUUGUCUUUAGAGGUCACCACAAGUUACCUAAAGUUUGUCAUCACUUCAAUCCCUUCUUCUCUCGCAGCAACCGAAUUCCAAGCAGCAUUAUUCAGGAGUUGGAUGAUUACUACAGAGACUUCCCUCAACAAUGGGAAUGUUGUGACCACCAAAAUGAGGUUCCAGAGAGAAAGAGCGUUCGCGAAGAAUCAGUAGAGGACACUAUGAAAGACCAGGAAAAAAGAGCAACAUCCUGUGAAGAAAAAAUGGGAGAUGCAUUCCUUCAAAAAUCAAGUAAAGGUGAGAUUUUAGCUCAGAAGAUGAAGGAAUUAGAGAUGAUGGAUGAGGAAGAUUUGGACCAAAUGCUGGACAUAAAAGAAGUGUUGUACUACUAUUCUCACCUAACAUGUCCGGUUUACCUUGAUAUUGUUGACAGGUAUUUCAUGGACAUGUAUGAUGAGUUCUCACUUCCACAGGCAUUCAUCAAUGUCAACAGUUCAAUGCGAAGUCUCGGUCCUAUUAAGCUCUGUUAAUUGCCAUGGGCUUCUACUUGAAAAUUUUCGGUAGACCUUAUUAGAUUUGUAUUUCUUGAGCAGGUUUGUUUACAAUGUCAUGUGCGUUAUAUGUGACACCUAGGAGUAUGAUUCAUCAUUAGUAUUUUGGCUGGAAUUUGCUUCAUGAGUGUCAAUGUAGCAGAGUGAUUAAUGAUCUUUACCAUAUGCCCUGAAGAGAAAUUACAACACAUUUCUGUC